AUGAGCAACGCGGCGGCUGACCUGGCGCGCCUCGUCGCUGACGUGGCGGGAGGGAGAGCUGACGUGGUGAUUGGUCAUUCCAUGGGCGGGAAGAUCGCUCUGGAGUAUGUGAGGAGGGCUCGCGCGGGGGAAUUGCCUGUGAUCCUGCCGCAGCAGCUGUGGGUGCUAGACUCAGUGCCGGGCCGCAUAUCUGACUGCACGUUGGGGGAGGAUGCGGAGAGGAGGGACGUGGAGCGAGUGAUUGCUACGCUGCAAGAGCUGCCCCGCCCCAUCCCCUCCAAACGGUGGCUCCUCCAGGAACUGACUCAGCGCCGAGGCUUCUCCUCAGGCUUGGCAGAGUGGCUUGCCACGAGCCUCAGACCCGUAGCUGGUUCAAGUGGUUCCGCUGGCUCGGGUGGUUCUGCUGCCGGGGCUAGUAUGAACGGGGAGAUGGAAUGGGUGUUCAACCUGGAUGGAGCUGUUUCUCUCUACAACAGCUACAGGCAAACGGAUCUGCUACCUUUUGUGAAGAACCUGUGCAAUCGACCACAUGAGGAGCAGCAACUUUCUCUACAAGCACCUCUGCUGCAGUCACAUCCUCUACAAUCACAGGAGCUGGAGCAGCAAGGGAAGUUGGGAGUGGAGAGGGAUUCAAGACCCAAGUUUGUGAAGGCAGGAGCAAGUGAGGGUGUUAAGUGGGGAGUGGUGCAGCAGCCUUGGCACCAGUCCAUGCAGAUCCAGAAGAUUCUAAUUCAGCAGCAGCUACAGCAGCAACAGCAGCAUCAGCAAGAGCAGGAGGAGGGAGGGGUGCUUAUGGAGAAGCAGGCAGGACAUUGUUGCACACAGGUGCAUUUCGUGAAAGGGGAGAGGAGUGGCGUGUGGAAAGCAAAGUGCCUUGCUGACUUGGAGGCUGCUGUUGCUGAGUCAGCAAAGUGCGAAGAGGAGAGCUUGGAUUCUCUGAGGAAUGAGGGUGAAGAGGGUGGGAAAAAGGGAUGUAGAGCACAUUUGCAUGUUUUGAAAGGAGCAGGGCAUUGGGUUCAUGUGGACAAUCCAACAGGACUUGUGCAGCUGAUGGAAAAACACUUGAGAGAGGUUUCUGUUUAG